AUGACCUGCUGAUGAAUUGGUUCGUAACUUCACAAGACAAACCUAAGGAGAAGAGGGGGUUCAACUCCCACAGUUAAUGGCCCAAAACCUGAAGGCUUGCUUAACUUCUCAAAGCAACAUCUUGAAGACCACAACGUUUUCCUACUCACCUUUUACCAUAACAUUCUUACGCACCCCCCACACCGCCCCCCACCGCUUGCUGAAAACGAACUUUAAAAUGUCGACCUCACCCUCCUCGCCCGCCCCGUGGCGCUCCCUUUUCCUCUCGCACCUGGCCCACCUGAAUUCGCCUACAUUCACGCUGGCUACCCUCCAUCCAGCGCCGGCCUCGGAGGCGCCGUCGGCGGGCCUCCCCGCGUUGCCGCGGGCACGUACCUGCGUCCUGCGCGGCCUGUGGGGCGAGUUGCCGUGCAACCCGCAAGCCGCCAACCCGGCACCGCGCAACCCGCCGUUGUACGAGUCCGACCUGCCCGUCUUCACCACCGACGCCCGCACCGACAAGGCAGGCGAGCUCUUUGACAGUGCUGGCGGGGCCGGCGGCGGCGCCAUGACCGGCGGCGGCGGGCCUGUAGAGGCUGUCUUUUGGAUCGAGGCCGACAAGGCGCAGUGGCGUGUUCGGGGCACUGCGUGGGUUCUUGCCGCGGACGUCGACUCCGAGGAAGAAGGGCCGAGGAAGGUGAGGGACUUGUUGAUGGCCCGGAUGAGGAGGCGGGUUCAGGCGGAGAGUGGUGAAGGGAAUAGAGAGCAGUGGAGCUUUGCAAGAGAGGUCACGGCGCAUUUCGGCAACCUAAGCCCCAUCAUGCGCGGCUCAUUCAAGGGCCCGCCGCCUGGCACGCCGAUUGCGUACUCGGCUGGUCAGGGCGAGGCGUUAGGACAGAGGCUGGAUGAUUUGGAGGAUGAGGCGGCUCGCAAAAACUUCCGGGUCGUGGUCAUCGUGCCGGAGGAAGUGGAUCAGGUCGACCUAAGGGAUGAGAUGAGGCCUAGGCGGUAUCUCUAUGCGUAUCGUGAUGGAGGGGACUCGAAGAUUGCCGGUGGAGAGGUUAUUGGUAGUUGGGAAAAGGUCGAGGUGUGGCCAUAACUGGGUGCCCGUUGCAUCGUAUUCCCUAGCAUGUGAGACUUCACAUGGCAGCUUCACGGUUGAUCGGCCACUGUUCAGGGAUGCUGAGAGGAACGCAAGCCGCUGCAUCCAAUAACUGUAUGAAGUCGUCGUCGAUAAGAACGUGAGCGAGGACAAGACACACAUGUACAAACACUGUAAAACAGUUCCGCCGUCCUCACCGCAACUCAGCGCCGCCAGGAGCGCCCUUGCGGCAUACAGGAUAAGGCUUGUUCGUUUGUUAGCGUGAGACUUGUCCCAUAUUUUCUAGCCAACCACAGCA